UUGUGAACUUUGUAAAGAUGUGCCACACUUUUGAAGCGUUAUCAAUAUCAACAUUUUGGAUCAGAGCAAAAUUCGUUUUGAGACUCCUGUGCUGAAUGUACUAAGACAUUGGUUUUCAGAGCUUACAUCAUUGUCACUCCGAAUAGUCAUUGUGAAGUUUAAUAGCUAGUAGCAGUGCACAGACUCCCUCGAGUUGAAAAUUUUCAAGAAUUAAGCAGAGUUACUAUAAAAAAGAACCGUAAAAUUAAAGACUCGACCUAUUACUAGGCCAAGCAGCAACAGAACGUCUAUUCGUCACCGAGAAUACAUUGUCUACAAAUUAUAACAGGCAGCUACGAUUUGUGCGCUCACUACACUAUGGCCGCUGCAAGCUCGACCAGAUUAGACGCCGAAGUAAAAGAAUUGAUGAAAUUGCUGAUCAACCGUGAAUACAUAAGCAACAUCUCAGCAAAAUUGGGAACUGAAUUGAGCUACCAAAUAGAACAAUAUCUUGAAAAGAUUACGAAAUGUAAAUCGAAGGAAAGCAUCGCUGAGGCUUCAAAACAAUUCGACGAUUUUUGUGAUAAAUUAUCGUUUCAAGACGCGGUCACUAAGCGAAAUUUCUUGAAUGUUAAAUUCUUGCUUGAACUAUCAAAACAUGAUCCUGGCACUAAUGUAUUUGUCGAAUGUUACAAGAAGCUCAACACGAAAAUUGUUCCACUUGAUAGAAAUUCGAAGAAAUUUAGGUUGCUGUGUCGAAUUGCACGAGAUACACAUGGGCCCUCGCAUAAUGUUAAACUUGAAGUUCAGCAAAUAUACAAGUUCGAGCGCGAAAGAGAGUGUCAACGUUUUCCAGAACCAUAUAGCGACCCAAGAGGUCAUCGGCUCCUUUGGCACGGUACACGUUUAACGAACAUUGCAGCAAUUUUAAAGUUUGGCCUACAAGUACCUAAAGAAGGAGAAACCGGUAAAAGCUAUUUUGGCAAUGGCAUCUAUUUUGCAGAUGUUGUAUCAAAAUCAACACGGUACUGCAUCGGUGAAGAUUAUAAUAAUAUUGGCCUGAUAUUUUUGUGCGAGGUGGCAUUGGGAAAAUCAUUGGUGAAAACACAUGCAGAAAACACAAUUACUAACAUCCCAAACGAUGUAUACCAAUCAAUUCGUGCAUUUGGUCAAUUUUUUCCGCAUAGUGAUACCAGAAUUGAUGGUGUCAAAAUUAAAAGCGGAGACAUUCGUACGCAGACAGAGCCACGCUUUGAAAAACCUCUUAAAUACAAUGAAUUCGUUGUCUACGAUCCAGCACAGGUUAAACUCAAAUAUCUGUUGCAAAUCAAAAUGAGGAAGAAUUAAUUACGAUUACCUGUUGCUACGAUGUACAGUGCACACGGCUUUCGAAAUGCUUGAAUUGAAAAAAAUUAAGUGAAAAAAUAACAUUUCAUUUGAAAUACGUGUUGAGUACUAUUCCGCUUUCUAGUAUUUGAAAAUGUUAGCUUUCAUAACUAAUAAUCUGUAAACUCACA